GGGACACCACCAACCAAAUAGAGAGACGGCGGUAGAUUGGGAAGAUGAUCAUUGUUUUCUUUUAAUAAAAGGUAUUUUGAGACUGAAUGAAACUUCGUCAUGGUAACGCAAAAGAAACCACGGACCCCAAAGGGUGGUCCCAAAAACGCAUCUUUUGUCGCCACCAAGAUCAAGGCUAAAUGUCUAAAUACUUCAUCGUUCUUCAAAGUUUCGCUUCAAGGCAACAAUAAGGCUUUGGCUACAGCCCUUUCUGAACAGACGCAAAAGACUGAGAUGGCAAUUCGAGAGAUUGCCCUAUUGCGACAUCGGAUGCAUGCUCUGAAUUUCGACCUUGGUGUUCAGCGACACCAGAAAAGCCAGAUGUAUUCAAUCCUUGAAAAGUUCUACAACAACUUUUACAAUGGUUUUGUUCAAGCUACCAACAUUAUGGAAGGUGGAGACGAAGGAGAUUUGGGGAGUUUUUGUGAUGAUCUCGAGGCAGACCACCUGGAAGAUCAGCCGAUUUCUGUUGGUAAAACAGACGGAAUUCCAGAGAUCAGGUUUGAUGAUGUCUUGCAAGUUCCCGGCAGACCAGCCAGGGAAUCGUGGACCAAUCACGGAUCUCAGAGGGCUUCCCUCUUCGGCAUCAACACUCAACCCGGCUUACAAGAGCCUGGAGAUGAUUUCCAAAACUCCAUCAGUACUGUUGCACCAUGCGUCAUCAGCAAAGUACCCAUGCGUCUCUCAAGCCAGCAAAUCCAGCAUUCAGAAAAGCAGACCGUUCAUCAGGAAACGUUGUUGUGCAACUCAACCAUGGAGAUGACCGGCGCUGACAUCAGUGUUGCCCCAAUAACAUCCGCAAGCAACAAGACAAAUUCUCAACCACCAUCGACAGAUGCUACGGACGGUGUGACAAAAAGCGUCGGACCCGAAGUUGUGGAUCAAGCUGCAGCAGUGGAUGUUGCAUUUAGUGAAGGGCAAGACACACCAUUGGAAGGAACGCCAAAUGUUGAUUUGAAUGUUGAUGUCGAAUCUGCACCAGUUGUUAAGAUUGCAGAGACAAAUGUUGGUCCUCGCAGAAAAACAAAUGUUACUUUAAGGAGAAACAGUAGGCUUACUGUUAACUCGCACAAGACCAACAACGACUUCUUGAAAGUCCCCCAAGAUGCCACAGACUGCGGAAGAGUUUCUUCAGACUCCGCCGUGCCUGUGAAAAUCUGGAGGAUCAGCAACUUCCUUGCAGAUGGGGAGCAGGAGGUGCCAACAAAAUCCAAAAAAGCCAAAAGGGACAAAUUAAAAGAAAAGAAAGUUCGGAAACAGAAAAAUAGGCCUGCCCAGGAGAAGAAGCCAGGAAAGGUCCCAAAACCCAAGUUGUCAACCCAUGACGACCAGGAUGACAAGGAGAAUGCAGAACGACUUCCAGAUGGUUGCACUGAAAACAUAGUCUUGGAAACUCCAGAGCAAUCACCUGAAGUUGACCCUCCUGCAGAGUCUAGUUGCCUAAAUAAAACAAGUGAUGCUAUUGACCUUGAUUUAAAUGAAACUAGUGCUGCUGUUGGCCUUGAUUUAGAUAAAACUAGUGAUGCCAUUGGCCUUGAUUUCACUACGAACAUCAUUAGCAGAGUGUCCGCCAUUCCAACAGUUCAAGCCACCAACACUCACAGAGCGACAUGGAGAGAGACCUAUGUCAUUCCUACAGAUUCGAGUCUACCAACUGAAGAGGAUGAAAACGGCAUCCUUCUUACUCACUCUGUACCUACUACAUCUAACAGAGCUUUGUUGAAGUCAACAAGCGGUAGAACUGCUUCUUUCUCCAAAAGACAGAGCCAGGUUUACCUGGACAGCUCCAGGAAGUCUGUGUCUGUGAGGAAAAUGAAACGCAAGAAAGACACAGUGUUGGAUAAACAUGACGAGGAGAAUGCGGAAAACCCUGCAGGGCAUUCAGACAUGGACAACAUGGUCUUGGAACUUCCAGAACAAUCGCCUGAAGUUGAUCCUCCUACAGAGUCUAGUUGGCUGAAUGAAGGUAGUAAUAAUGUUCAUUUCACUACAAACAGCAGAAGCAGGGUGUCUGCCAUGACAACUCUUCAACCCUCCAAUACGCAGCGAGAGGCAUGGAGAGAGACUUAUGUAAUCUCUACAGACUCAAGUCUACCAACUGAAAACAAUGAAAAUGGCAUCCUCCUUACUGACACUGUACCUACUACAUCCAACAGAGCUUUUUCAAAGUCAACAAGCGGUAGCAGGGUGUCUGCCAUGUCAACCGUUCAACCCUCCAAUACUCAGAGAGAGCCAUGGAGAGAGACGUAUGUACUCACUACAGGCUCGAGACUGAGAACUGAAGACCAUGAAAGCGACCUCCUUACUGACACUGUACCUCCUAGUGCAUCUAAUAGAGCGCCUUUGAAGUCAAGUGGUAGAUCUGGUUUGUUACCCAAACGACAGACCCAGGUUUACCCAGAAAACAGCAAGAAGCCUGUGGCUGUCACAAAUAUGAGCUGCAAGAAAGAUGAAAUGUUGAAUGAGCAUGACGAGAAGAAUGCCGAAUACCUUGUAGAGGAUUACACGGAAAACUGUGUCUUGGAACCUCGCAAACAAUCGCUUAAAUCUGAUCCCCCUGCAGAGUCUAGUUUCUGCAGUGAAAGUGGUGACACUGUACAUUUCCCUACAACCGGCUCUUCUGCCGUUUCAACAGUUCAACCCUCCAAUACUCACAGAGAGACAUGGAGAGAGACUUAUGUCAUUUCAACGUGUCCGACUCUGGUUGCCGAAAACCGCAACCCACCUGAGGCUGAACCCUCAUCCAUCAGGGCGUCUGAUAAGAGGUCAUCUAGCAGAACAUCUGGUUUGUUUCCCAAAAGACAGACCCGGGUUUACCCGGGAAAAUCCAAGAAGUCAGUGGCUGCGCCCCGUCGAGAGACAGAGUGGUUGAUGGAUGAAAAUCCUCCAUGGGCGUCCCUUGACCUCGGCUCUGCAGACCCGUUCCUUCUGGACAGUCCUGCUGCAUCGAGUGGCCCUUCACGGCAGCCUUCUCAGGCCAUUGAAAUCUACCAGGACGCAUCGCCAACAGUGUCAAGCCAAUCCCCAGACGGAAGAGCCAUGAAAAGCUUAACCAACACCAACUUGCAGACAGCAGAUACCGAAGCUGGUCGAGGAUCACGUCGCAGGGGAGCCGCAGUCUCCUACAAGGAGCCGCCAAUAAACGCGAAAAUGAGACGAGGCGACAAGUUCAGCGAUACAGAAUUCCUCAGGUCACCUGUCUACAAAGUUAAGAAGCCCAAAAAGGUGAAACGAAAAACCCUGAAGGAAAGAACUGAGGCAAAUUUGUAAAGAUGUUUUAAAGUGCAUUUCUUAUCUGAAUUAUUGUGAUUUUUUAAAAGAUCUUUUUUUUUAUCUUUAUCUUUGUCUGUAGCCUAUCGCCUUUUUUGCUGUAUCUUUUUUUUACAACUAUUUUAUCUGUUCAAACAUUUUUCGUGUUUUACUUGAAAGUUUUCUUAAUGUUUGUUUAACAAAUAAAAUUGUAUCUUAAAUUUC